UUAAAAAGUUUAAAAAUGCAUAAAAUGCAUAGGUGGCGGUGUUCUGGGCUGAGGCUGCUGCUGGUGCUCCUUUUACUGCCAUCCUCGAUUGCUAUCGCGGAUCGGCCAGCGACCCGCAACCGCACAGAGUCCCACCGAACGGCCGUCAGGAGCAACAGCAAUGUUUGCAAGAGCCGGCAAUUCUGGCAAACGAUUCCACUGAUGGACACCUGUCCUCCCGGUAUAUUGCCCCUGCGGGGCACCGUCUACAUACUCUACGAUGUGAACAUCUCCGAGGGCUUCAAUCUGCGUCGCGAUGUUUACAUCCGCUUGGCCGUGUUCGUUCGGCGUCUUCGCAGACGCAAACGCUUCCAAAAUGUUCGUUUGGUGCUGCCGCCAUUUCCACGCCUUUACCACUGGCACUCGCACCACUUGAAGCAGAACGACGUGGCCUGGGGCCACUUCUUCGACCUGGACAGCCUGCGCCGCUACGCCCCCGUCCUAGACUACAGUGAGUUCCUCGCCGAGUACCGUAUGUUUGGUAUGCCGGCCCCGCCCUACGUUCACAUCUCGCAAGUUUUCCGCCUCAUGCACUACGAGAUCAUGCUGGAGCAGGGCAUCUUCCGCGACAAGUACGAGCGGGUUGCUCCCAAGCUAGACAAUAACUCUUGCAACGAAUACUCAACUGCGGGGGGCCCGUUGCUAUCGCAGAAUCUGCUGCGCUACGGACAGUACCAUUGCGUUCACUUUCAGGGUAGUGCUGGGCUGCUGGAGCGGCUGUUGCGUGAGGCCAUCACAGAGGAUACGGCCGGGGCCGAGGACGUUGACGACAUGCGGGUAUACGCGAUCCUCAGUGCCGAGACCGUGCUGCACGACCACUGGGGUGACGAGCACUUUUGGAAAGCCCGUCGCUCGAUGCGCUUCUCCAAAUACCUCAGCCAGGUGGCAGCUGAUUUCCUGCGCUACGCCUUCGACACCACGGACACCACGGCGGGCGUCCAGCGGCCGGCCAUGUGGGAGAUGGAGCGACCUAAGCGCGAUGCACGCGGCGGGGACUUUAUAUGCGCACACCUGCGUCGUGGCGACUUCGUACGGUCGCGAGAGGCUACCACGCCUAACCUGAAGUCGGCCGCCCAGCAGAUCAAGCAGCUGCUAAGGGCAUUUAAUGCGACCACAGUGUUUCUAUCGACCGAUGCCACCCCUUACGAUCUGGUGCAAAUGAAGAACAUGUUCUAUGGAUUCCGAUUCGUGCACUUCCAGCCGGAGUCGAAUUUGCAGCGACAGAAACUGAAGGACGGCGGCGUUGCCAUUGUUGAUCAGUUGGUGUGCUCAUAUGCCCGCUACUUCAUUGGCACCUACGAGAGCACCUUCACAUACCGGAUCUACGAGGAGCGCGAGAUCCUGGGCUUCAGCAAGACCAGCACCUUCAACACCAUCUGCAAGGUUGUGGGCGGAAACUGUCCCCGCAACGCAGUCUGGCCCAUCGUCUGGGACGACGAUAGCGACAACGACACACCGUACUGAAUAAUUUUCGUGUUCUUGGCGGCUGUCUAUUAUCUGUGAAUCUCGAAUAUCUAGUUGGAUGUCUAGACAUAGUUUCUGUGAGACCACCACUACCAUAAUUCCGAACAAACUGCGAUUAUGUACCAAAAAGAAUAAGUCAAUAGUCAUUAAACAAUACAUAUUUCAGCA